UGUUCGCCUACGUGUCAUGGGUUCUGUGGUCUUGAUGAAACUCCCUGAACGGAGAAAACCACACACUUCAUCCCAGUGGCGACUUUCUCCUCUUGCUCCAAGCAGGGUGUUUGACCUUCUAGUCGACUGCGUCCCCUGUGCCCCGGCGCCAGCUGUGUUCCUGACCCCAGAAUAAAUCAGGGCUGCACAGGGCCUGGCAGCGCUCCGCACACAUUUCCUGUCGCGGCCUAAGGGAAGCUGUUGGCCGCUGGGCCCACCGCGGGGGGAUUCUUGGCAGCUGAGGGGUCCGUCGGGAGCGAGGGCGGAGGGGAAGGGAGGGGAAACGCGGUUGGGGAAGCCAGCUGCAGAGGGCGGUGACCACGCUCCAGAGGCAGCUCCGCGUCUUCGAGCGGGACAGAUCCAAGUUGGGAGCAGCUCUAGUGCGGGGCCUCUGAGAAUGAGGCCGACGUUCGCCCUGUGGCUCCUCUGGCAGGCACUCUGGCCCGGGCCGGGCGGCGGCGAACACCCCACUGCCGACCGUGCUGGCUGCUCGGCCUCGGGGGCCUGCUACAGCCUGCACCACGCUACCAUGAAGCGGCAGGCGGCCGAGGAGGCCUGCAUCCUGCGCGGCGGGGCGCUCAGCACCGUGCGUGGGGGCGCCGAGCUGCGCGCGGUGCUCGCGCUCCUGCGGGCAGGCCCAGGGCCAGGAGGGGGCUCCAAAGACCUGCUGGUCUGGGUCGCGCUGGAACGCGGGCGUUCCCACUGCACCAUGGAGAACGAGCCUUUGCGGGGUUUCUCCUGGCUGUCCUCCGACGCCGGCGGGUUCGAAAACGACACGCUGCAGUGGGUGGAGGAGCCCCACCGCUCCUGCACCGCGCGGAAAUGCGCGGUACUCCAGGCCACCGGUGGGGUCGAGCCCGCGGGCUGGAAGGAGAUGCGAUGCCAUCAGCGCGCCAACGGCUACCUGUGCAAGUACCAGUUUGAGGUCCUGUGUCCUGCACCACGCCCCGGGGCCGCCUCUAACUUGAGCUAUCGCGCCCCCUUCCAGCUACACAGUGCGGCUCUGGACUUCAGUCCCCCGGGGACCGCGGUGAGUGCGCUCUGCCCGGGACAGCUCCCCGUCUCAUUUACUUGCAUCGCGGACGAAAUCGGCGCUCGCUGGGACAAACUCCCCUCGGGCGAAGUGCUCUGUCCCUGCGCCGGGAGGUACCUCCGUGCUGGCAAAUGUGCAGAGCUCUCUAACUGCUUAGACGACUUGGGAGACUUUGCCUGCGAAUGUGCUACUGGCUUCGAGCUGGGGAAGGAUGGACACUCUUGUGUGAACAGUGGGGAAGGACAGCCGACCCUUGGGGGGACCAGGUUGCCCACCAGGCGCCCACCGGCCACUGCAGCCAGCCCCGUGCUAGAGAGAACGUGGUCAAGCAGUGUCGACGAGAAGCCGAGAGAGAUACCACUUGUCCCUGAACAAGACAAUUCAGUAACAUCUAUUUCUGAGAUUCUUCAGUGGGGAGUACAGAGCACGAUGUCUACUCGUCAAGUGUCCCUUCAAGCCGAGUCAACGGCCACCAUCACCCCAUCAGGGAGCGUGAUUUCCAAGUUUAAUUCUACGAUUUCCUCUGCCACUCCUCAGGUUUUCGACUCCUCCUCCACCGUGGUCUUCAUACUUGUGAGCAUAGCAGUAGUAGUGUUGGUGAUAUUGACCAUGACAGUGCUGGGGCUUUUCAAGCUCUGCUUUCACAAGGGCCCCUCUUCCCAGCCAAGGAAGGGGCCUAUGGGCCGGCAGGGCCUGGAGAGUGAUGCUGAGCCCGCAGCUUUGAGCUCCAGUUCUGCACAUUGCACAAGCAAUGGGGUGAAGGUCGGGGACUGUGGUCUUCGGGACAGAGCAGAGGGCGCCUUGCUGGCGGGGUCCCCUCCUGGCUCUAGUGAUGCAUAAGGAAAUGGGACACGGGCACUCCUGUGAACAGUUUUUCACUUUUGAUGAAAGAGGGAACCAAGAGGAACUUACUUGUGUAACUGACGAUUUCUGCAGAAAUCCCCCUUCCUCUAAAUUCAGUCUACUCCACUGAGGAGCUAAAUCAGAACUGCACACUCCUUCCCUGAAGAUGAAGGAAGUGGAAGUGCCUUAGGAUGGUGUUAUUGAGGGACCAGGUAGUGCUGGGGAGAGAUAUUUUCUGGUUUAUUCUGGAGGAUAUGGAGAAGUGAUUGAACUUUUCAAGACAUUGGAAAUGAAUAGAAGACAAUAUAAUUUACAUUAAAAAAUAGUUUCUACCAGGACGGAAAGGAAAUCUAUAUUGUUCAGGCUGGGGGUAUAUUGGUUUGAAAUCCCCAGCAAAAAAUAAAAUAAAAAAAAAAAUAAAGGAUUGUUGAUAACCCA